UUAUCUGUCUUCUUUUUUUCUUUUUAGUAAAAGAAGAAUCAUCAGUCAAAUAUCAUAAGAUGAUUUAUAGUCGUACAAUUUUUCAGAUCAUAAAAAAAUUGUUCAUUAUUAUUAUGUUUUAAAAAAUAAGAAAUUAAAUUCAGAUCGAACACCAUUACAUAACUGAGACAGAUGAAUUGCAUCAAACUAAAGACCUUUUACUUUAGUGAUCAUAAAGUAAGAAAUUUCCGACCUAGUGUUCUUUUUCUAUAAUGUAAACAAAAAAAAUCUAAGUAAAAAAGAUACUAGUAAACUGAUCAAUAAAAGAAAAAGUUAACCACUCAAAUAUUGUGAUUACUAUUGUAUUUCUUGCAUCAUAAACUACAGGCUUCUUUUCAUUUCUUUACUUCUGUAUUCUGGCAUAUUUUAUGCAAAGAAAUGAAAACAAUUAGGUAAAUAGAGUACUAUAAAUGUUAGAAAUAAAGUCAAAAAAUUGCAUAGUCCAAGGAACAAUUUCCUAAAACAUUCCAAAAUUAUAUUAUAUUAUAUUAUGCUGAUAAAAAAAGGACUUCAAUGGAAUCAUGUGAUUGGUCACGGAGAUAUUUAGAAUUCAGGCAUAAUUUUGGAUGUCCCAUAUAUCCUGUGUUGCAUAAGUUUAUUAUAUGAAUUUAAUUUUCUGUUAUACAUUGAGACAAUUUUAUUUAUUGAUUCAGCAAAGUGUUUGUGAGAAAAAUGAACUUUCAAUCUUUGUUUUGCCUCUUUGGAUUCUUUCUCAGCAUAGUUCCCUGCUUUGUUACUUAUGGUAUGGGCAUAAAUAAAGUUUGUUUUUCAUUUCAUAUAUUUGUAUUUUGAUUUUGAGUACUCUUUUCAUUUCAUUUCAUAUAAUUAAACAAAGCAUUGUUUAAUUAACAUGUAUGUUUGUAACUAUAACUGAAAGCUAAACUUAUUUAUGAUGCAGAGGAACUUAUUUAUGAUCACUCUGCAUAUACUGAGUGUAAAUCAGUGCCAGAAGACGCGCUUUACAAUGGUGGGAUAAUGAAGGAUUACUGGACAAACAAAACUCAAAGUCGUUCGAUCUAAAACUAAUUCCUAUAACUUGGUCUUCAAUGAUCUCUCUGGCGAUACCAUCUACAGCUUCUCCAGUUGGGUGCAGAUAUUUGAUGCAGAUUCAGCCGUGAUAAAGGUAACCUUAAAAACAGCGAAUGGAACAUAUAUGUGUGUAGGAAAUGUCAUUGCUAGGCUUGGUUGCUGGUCAUUUUUAAAGGGUGGAUUUAUUCUUGAUUGUCCUUCCUCAUAUGCUCAACUUUAUUUCCAGAGAUCAGAUGGGGCAACACUAAAUAUCUUGAUUUCUAGUGUUUCGUUGCAGCCAUUUACUUAUCGGCAAUGGAGAAAAAACCAACAAGACAUGAUCGAUAAAGAAAGAAAAUGCACGGCGACUAUACACAUAUCAAAUGUGCAAGGAGAGCGAAUGCCACGGGCAUCAAUCAUAGUAAAGCAAGUUUCGAGAGAUUUUCCACUUGGUUCUGCCAUAUCAAAGGCAAUUCUUGGAAAUCCAACAUAUCAGAAAUGGUUUAAAGAGAGGUUCAAUACUGCGGCAUUUGAGGAUGAACUCAAGUGGUAUUCAACAGAACCCCAACAAGGAAAAGUGAACUAUACCGUACCUGAUCAAAUGCUGGAAUUCACACGAGCGAACCAAAUCAUUACCAGAGGCCACAACAUAUUCUGGGAGGAUCCGAAAUACAAUCCUUGGUGGGUUCGAAAUCUAACUGGUCCAGACCUUAAAUCAGCUGUUAACAACAGGAUAAAAAGUUUGUUGAACAAAUACAAGAAUGAAUUUAUUCAUUGGGACGUCAGCAACGAAAUGCUUCACUAUGAUUUCUAUGAACAAAGACUUGGUACCAACACGAGUCUUGAGUUUUUCCAAACAGCACAACAGUUAGACCCCUUAGCCAAAUUGUUUAUGAAUGACUAUAAUGUCGUAGAAACUUGCAAUGACAUGACAUCGACAGUUGAUUCCUAUAUUUCCAAGUUGAGAGAUUUAGAACAAGGUGGAAUAUUCAUGGAUGGAAUUGGCCUAGAGGGACACUUUACAGUACCAAAUCCUCCACUCAUCAGAGCAGUGUUAGACAAAUUGGCUACACUUGAACUUCCUAUAUGGCUUACGGAAGUCGAUAUCAGCAAGAAUCUUGACAAAGAAACUCAGGCUAGAUAUCUAGAGAUGGUAUUGAGAGAGGGAUUUUCACAUCCAGGUGUUAAUGGAAUCAUGCUUUGGACAGCAUUACAUCCUGAUGGAUGUUAUCAAAUGUGUUUGACAGAUAACAAUUUUGAUAACCUUCCUACUGGAGACAUAGUUGAUAAUUUGCUCAAAGAAUGGCAAACUAGGGUGGUGCAUGGUGAAACUGAUGAACAUGGUACAUUUAGCUUUUCUGGUUUUUUAGGUGAGUACAAGGCUACUGUCAAAUUUGGAAACAGAACAGCUAAUUCAAUAUUCACACUUUACAGAGGUGAUGAAACCAGGCACAUAUAUGUUCACUUGUAAUGGCGUUACUCAGAUGUCAGUUUACACACACUUUAACUAUUUCAACAAUGAUAUUCUUU